GUCGGACUUGAUCAUGGCCAUGGAUAUCACGAAAGAGAUUGUGGACCAGCAGACCAUCAAUUCACCCUCAUCUUCACAAAAGCGCAAUACAAAUCCGGCCCGCGCGAAACAAGCACAACAGGAAAGGAACCAGCAGACCGCUCGUGUGUCUGUUCAGGAGAAGAGGCAGAAGGGGUCGAUCCAUUUCGCCAGCAGGUUGUUUUUAGACUUGAUGCGGAAGCAAAGGGCCGAUCAAGUCGCGGAGAGUCUGACACUGAGUAGGGAGCAGAGAAACAAGCUGAAGCCGUCGGGGAGCAGUAGUAGAAAAGGCACGGGCGAUGAGGUACUAGAUGAGCAGGACAACAUGCAAGAGCUAGAGCCUUCUCUUGCUUCCGAACUUUUCCGUGAAGUGCAGGACCACACUUUUUACACCGGGCCAGCACCGUCGAGUAGUACCUUUGCAGGUGCUGAGACCACAGGCACUGAUAUGGAAAUCGAAGAGGACCCAGUGGACGAGGAGCUGCGCCACAGGGAGCACCCCCGGGGGGAUGAUGUUCUUGACGCAACUUCUCAUACCAAGCAGGCGGCCGUCCGUGACAAGGGCGCCUUGUCUGGAUCUUCAGAUUCAUCGUCGACAAAGAACCUCGAGCAGCAACCACCGACCUGCGACGGUGGAGUAAAGCCCGCCGAUGGAAGAAGUACAACUGGUAGUAGCUCCCCUGCGUCGACUUCUGGCAACUACGAAGCCCGAUCUUCACCUCAGCCCUGCGCGUUGGCAAAACUCGCAGACGAGGAGGAUCAACUUUUUCAGCAAAUCAAGGAAAGCGAGUUAUCUUGUGUAAAAACGUUCCCACCCCAGAGUCAAGAUCACUGGGAUUUUGCAACACAAAACCAGAAGUUUUGGGAGAUGCGCAUGACAAGUUUCUACCUGUAGCAUAGUGCAGGGUAGCUACUGCGGCCGCAUGAGAAAUCCAUCCCCUCAUUCUGAAAACAGCAUGACAACCUGCAAAACACCAUGUUUAAACGCUUCUCAUGUUAUUGCUGCGCAUGAGAAACGUUUCUGGCAUGCAAACUUGCAUUACAACUCCGGGGAGUUGGGGACGUUUUUACACAGGAUACGAGUCGCCUGACUUUUACGAGCAAGACUUUGACGAGGAGAUGUUGAAGGAGCAAGAUUUGAAUUUCCUGGAGAAAAACCGAGAUUCGGAUAUGGAUUUUGCACCACCAACACCUGUCGGCGCAACAGAAGAUCUAGUAGUACCUACGGGAGCUGCUUCUUCAAAAGCUUCUGCAACAAACGCAAACGAUGCAUCUCAGUCAAGUACGUCGUCGGCUUCGUCCCCAACCAGCUUGGCAAAAUACCUCCGCCACCUCUUCUUGCCGACAAACCCGCCAAAAACCGACGGCGAUAGCACUGAUGGCGCAUCUUCUGCAUCACAAGAAAUAUUAAACGCAAGGACGAACUCCGUCUCAACUACGACCUGUGGCCGCAACAAGCAGCAAGACACCGACUCAAUCGACGCGGCGAAAGAGGCUUAUGGGGCUCUCAACUGUUACAUUCUCAACUGUUACAUGAUUUGUCAUGCAAAAUGACCAUGAGCCACCACAGGAUCAAGCUGCUUCGCAUGACAAAUUGUCGGAGGUCUAAAUUAAUAGCACUAGAAUCCGCACCAAAUCUGUAAUGCAAGACGCGCAAUGUUCUCCACCUCACCUGUGCUAUUCUUGCAUUACAAAUUCAUGUAACAGUUCAGAGUGUAACGUUUGAGAACGCCAUAAGGCUAGUUUGGCCGUUUUGAAGCUUGGCAUGGUUCACCGACCGGAGUUGGUGGGGGAAAUGUGGAAUUUGCUGCAGCAAACCGCGGUGGUGAUGACGCCAAAUACGCAGAGUCCCUGUGUCGCUGGAAUCACAGAACUGGAUGAGGAUCAUUCCUCGUCAACAACAUCCUCAAGCAAGACCACUGGCCCGGAGUUUUUGGAGAAAGUGCGGAGACUGGCGAGAAGGCUACCUUUACAAGAGGCGAUGAGAAUCAUCGAAGAAGGGGUGGAAUUAGAGAAAGAACUUUUACCAACUGCAUUUUGCUCCAGCUUAACCUGCCAAAGCCCUCUGGGGAAAACGGCAGAAGAGGCUUUGCGGAGGGAAAAGAAUUGGAAAAGUGAAAAAAUCGCUCUUCCCGGGGGAAAGACGAUUUUUGACCGCCGGGCGGACCCUAGCAGAGGAGCGUCAGCGGGUACCGCAAGGCGGGUAGAGGUGAAAACAACUACAACGACUACUUCUUCUACCUCAUCUGAGCAGAUCCCCGCUGUUGAGGCAACUACCCCAGUAAAAAACGCGCCCGAGCAGACAGAGAUCCUACCGUUACUCGAAAACCACAUUUGCCGGGCGGCGCAGCAGGUGCAAGGGUUGAAAAGACAACAGCUCUCGGUGCCGAAAAGAAUCCGGUACGCCAUGAGAACGCUGUUUCUAGUGGCGGACAUUACCUGGCUGGAAUAUUUGUUAACCAGGAUGGACAGUGUAGAUUUGUUUUCCGGCGGGGGAACAGGAACAGCGUCUGCAGCAAUGGAUGAUCAUCCACAGAACGAGGGGCCAGGUCGUGCAGCCUCAAUGCACCCUGUGCACGGAGCGUCAAAUCUGUACUCCGCACAAAACACAGGGUCAUCUCGUGCUGCUGACGGGAAACAGCCGACGACGUCGCCAGCCUUUUUCUUCCCGAGGGAGUUUUUCAAUCGUCAAACUGUAUUGUUGCCCCUGGUUCAGCAGUGGCAGACGGCUAGGAAGUUGCUGCCGACACAAGUAAAUGCUGGUGGUGGAGCUGCAAGUAGAAACAGCCACCCGCAACAAGACGACGCUGGCACAGCCACCAGCAGCUCUUCGCCCGGAACUAACACCGAAUUCAAUUACGAGGGCAACGCCUGGCGCAUGACACCGCAACAACGACGGGACUACGCGGAUGCGAUUAAAACCAUUCAGGAAUUGUUAUGGCGCUCUCAACUGUUACAUUCUCAACUGUUACAUGAAUUUGUCAUGGAGAACUACCAUCAAGAUUCACACGGGAAAGCUGCUUCGCAUGACAAAUUUGCGAAGGGCUAGACAGCGCCUGAAUCUGUGCAAAACUUGUAAUGCUAGAACCUCUCCCCUUUCACUUUUGCAAUUCUUGCAUCGCAAAUCCAUGUAACAGUUGAGAAUGUAACAGUUGAGAGCGCCAUAAUUGUUCGCGUCAAUCCUAUCCUGGGCAAUUAAGAACAACCAGGUGGAGCGGAAAUUAGCGGAGAUCGGCGCUACGAACAUGUUCCCAGGGAAUAAAAGACCGCAGUUGUUAAAUUCCUUGAAAAUGGACCAGCUCGCCGGGGAACUCCGCGACGGGAGCAAUAGGGAGCAGGCGGAGAAGCAUUUACCUUGGCACAAUUGGCGGACUGAUUUGUCGACAGAGAUUUUGUUUGUUCAGCAAGACCAGCUCCCAUUAACAGUAACUUCUAUGAACUUUGUUUCCGCCGCAUUGAACAUCGGCACGAAAGUAUCCAUUAGAUGAAAAACUGUGUAAGUGUAACUCUGUGUUGCAGACGAUGCAAGACACUUACAACCGUCAUGCUGGACAUGCGUCAGAGGCUCUUUUCGUGCGUGUUUUCACGUACUAGCUACGCAUGACAGGUUUUUUCUGUCAUGCAGCGCAAACUUCUGAUGCUGUUCCCCCAAGAAAGUUACACUUACGCAGUUUUUUUCUUGCAUAGAAAGUCGCGAGAUUAAGACGGUUUCUGAAGAAGCACAGCAAGGACGCGCGGCCGGAAGUGUAUUACGAUAAUGUCGAGCAGUUCCGGCAGAUCAGGGAAGAAAAUCACUUGUACGACAAAAAUUUCGACGAAAUGGAAAAGAAACAGCAGAACCGGGUAGCGCGAACCGUUUUGUCGAUCGCGGAGGAAGAUAUCCCAGACUUGAGGUGCAGAAUUUCGACAGGCACGUCGACUCCUGCUGGUGUUCAUCAAGGUGGUGCAUCAACCUCCUCUGCGGAUCACAACAUCCAUACGGCUUCAAGAACAUCAUCCUCGCAAGUGGAAAAUCACUUUUCCUGCCCUUUACAAGAUUUAGAAGACUCGGUCCGGACUAUGGUCCACACCUGCGCCUAUCCGGUAGACGACAGUUCCCAAGUUUUGCAGCUCGUCCAAGCCACUCUGUCGCUGACUUUCCACGCAAACAACGCUUUGACUGUAGGGAUUCGAGACGCACACGGGCCAUGGGGAAAACAAAGCGAGCGGGUAAGACAAAGGAUGGAGGAGAGAAAGGAUCUGUACAAAAAAUCCUUCUUCGCCUGGAUGCGGAAGAUGCUGUGGCUCAUGAUCCACGACGGAUUACGGACCGGCGCGAAGGUGAAACUGAAAAGAACCUGCAACAACGAUAAACUUUUUCCAACAACCGUUGCUCUUUCCAUGUACCCGCCGAUUAAGAUGCCAGCAAAUAAAGAGUCCGCUGCAGGUCUACAUCUCCCGAAACGCCUUUCCUGCUCGGAAAAAGCACAGCACAGUGAAGUGGCGCGGUUGAGAAGAACAGGAGAGUACGUCACGGUGAAAGUCCUCCACUCGAACAAUGCGGAUUUUGACUUGACCGUGCAAACCGAGCCGGAUCCGAGUGCAACGAGUUCUUCUUCUUCUUCUUGGGGUCGUUUCAGUCGCCAGCCGGCAGUGUCGAUUAUACCGCUGAAGAUCACCGAUUUGGACUUGCAGAGCAUCAUCCCCUCCAAGGCAAUGCGGGACGAAUGGUUCAAGCUCGGGGCGAGGAAAUGCAUGUCCGAGGAUUUUAUGUUUGCACAGGACUGGGCAACGAAUUUGUUGCAGGCGGUGAGUAAAGAAGUGGUGUUGGAGCAGAGAAUAAAUGCGGAUGAGUCGAUGAUUUUGGAAGCGGCGAUGAUGCAAGAGGUGGCGGACAGCAUGUCCCAUGCGACUGGUAGUGGCGGUUCUGCUGGAGGUGUAAGAAAUGUCAAGGGCGAUGGGAUCGCGGACGGUUGAAAUGUACACUAUUUCCAACGGUAGGUUAGUCCGCCUAGCUGUAUUUCGGUCUAUGAAUCAACAGCAUCAGGCCUUGAAAUCAAUGUAGAUUUAUUAUUCUGGUUUGAAUUUGUACGGCUAUAGCUAGCGACUUGUUUCAGGUCGGUUUCAAGUUUCAGAGAAUUUAGUCAAGGCGUUAUUUUGAAUCAUUUUCAUCACACAUUUUAGUUUUUGCAACGUUAAGAUCAAAAAACAAAUUGCGAUAGUAUAACUGCUUUACGUUUUUCAAGAACAUGAGUGCCCUUGCUUCUGCGGGUCGUGGCACAAUAAGAAAUCACUUCUGCAAAACGUCUUUCGAUGGUUAAGUUGAGUUUGCAUCAAACAAGAGAAAUACCCUGUAUGUCUGUUUGAAUAAAACUACUCUUUGAUGUACACGUUGUUUCUUCAGCUCUCUUCAAUAGAUUGUCUCCAUCUUUGCUUUCGAAAAAUGAACUGCGAAAAGAAAAAAUCAAACGAACGAACUGUGCUUCUUUUCAUGCGAAAGGAAAUUUCGGCUUUAUCAAUCUUUCAGUUGAGAACACAGAUUUUGUCUAAGUAUGCGCAGAACUGAUGCCAUUUGUUUUGAAUUUUGCGUGUUGGAAAAAACUCAACAAGAAAUGAAGUGUGCCAGUGCUUGCUGGUAAGCGGAA